CAAACGAUUUUCCUUAUCUUGUUUUUCCACCAUAGAACACCACCAACAUCAAUCCACUCAUUUUCACAUGUUCUCCAAUGGCAACUUUCCACCCCCAACACCCUACUUGAAAUUUUCACAAAAAUGGCAGCCACGGCCUGCUCUUACAAUUCAGCACUCCUACCUUCUUCACCCAAUUUCAGCCACCACGACCGCCACCCGCCAGUAACAAGCAGAGUUUCGUCUUCAAACAAGGGAUUGACACGCACAAAGUACCAAAAAGGAACUAUAAAAUGUGCACGAGAGUUUUCAGACUUCGUAGGAGGAGAUCUUCUAAAGCCUGAUCUUGGAAAAUGGCUAUCAGAUGUCGAAGAACACAAAGCCAUUGCUAUAUAUCCUCCACAUGAGGGAGGCUACGAAGGCCGUUAUCUUAAUCGGCUUAGGUACCAAGGCUACCGGUUCUUGGACCUAUCAGCUCGUGGUCUAGGCGACCCAGAGACGACAUUAACCAAGAUUCAUCCAGUUUGUCCUGCUCAUAUUGGAAAGCAGCCGAUUGCAAGGUGGUAUUUUCCACCGGAGGUUGAUUAUCGGCUAUCUUUGCUUCCUCCAGAUGCGAAAGGUUUGGUGGUCUGGAUCCUAGAAGCGAAGGUUCUCUCAAAAGCAGAACUGCAAUUUCUUGCACUGCUCCCUACACUCCGGCCCAAAGUUAGGGUCAUCGCAGAAUGUGGUAACUGGAGAAAAUUCGUGUGGACACCGCUCAAGGACAUUGCAGGAUUAACAGCAAAUGAAGCUCUAUGAUCUAGCUUUAUGCACGAAAUCAAACGAGUUUACAAGCGCAGAAGUUCAGUGUUCUUGAUGAACACCAUGUGUAUACACAGAAAUUUAUGAACAUGAAAGUUUAUUUACGUAGUCAAUGAUUCGUUCUUGAUGCAUGUAAUUCUGGCAUUGUAUCGAAUUAUUACAAUUGUAAUCUGGAAAUGUCUUUCUCAAACUGAAAUCAAUGUAAAUCACUAC